CCCAUCCCAACCCCCAAAAUACACACACCCCCUCUGAUAGAUUGGUAUAAAAUGACAAUCUGCCAUCUGCAUGGAUCAUUUUGUGUCGGACCUUUAGACCUGUAUUGUUCGCUGUGCUGCAGAGGAGUGUUUUGAGUAUUGCUUUUUGAAGGGCAUUCUGUGAGGAGUUUCUAAGUGUGUGUUUGGCAGCCUCUGAGGGUGUGUUUUAUAUCAGACAGCUAUGAGUGGUAAAUACAGUGUGGUGUUACAGGGUCCGGCCCCAUGGGGCUUCAGACUGCAGGGGGGGAAAGACUUCAACAUGCCUCUCUCCAUUUCACGGCUCUCGGAUGGAGGAAAGGCUGCUAAAGCAGGAGUCGCUGUGGGAGAUCUGGUCCUGUCCAUCGAUGGCAUCAGCACUGACGGCAUGAACCACCUUGAGGCUCAGAAUAAGAUUAAAGCCAGCACAGACAAACUCAACCUCGCUUUACAAAAAGCUUCCAGUCUUCCAAAACCAGCUGUGGCACCAAAGGAUCAUUCUGUGGAAAUUAUCAAACCCGUUCCUAUGGCAACCUCCAUUCCAUCUUCCUCUGACAUCACAAACUCCACCCAUAUCACUUCAUCCUCCAAUAGGGGCGCUCGUCCGUUUGGAGGGGCGGGGUCACCACACAUAGCCUCCAUUCCCUCUGCCGCAUCUGCUUUUGCACUCGCCUCCUCAGCUCAAAGCCCUAAUCCACUGGCUCCGCCUACUCCUGUUGAUGGCUCACCAAAUCAUAUACCGGUGGUGCCCCGCCCAUCGGUGUAUAACACGCCCAUCAAUCUCUACUCCAAUGAGAAUGCCUGUGAAGUUGCCAUGGGCCAGAGGCGGGGCCUGCUGGAAAGCCAGGGUGAGAGCUCUCAGCUGAAUGGAAAACCUCCAGUUAACAGACUUCCUCGUAAGCCUAUCACAGAGACAGACAUUGAGUUUUACCACGUCCCAACUCACGGUGAUGCCAGCAGGAAACGCAUCAUGCAGGACACAGAGGACUGGCGCCCACGGACAGGGACUUCACAGUCCCGCUCAUUCCGUAUCCUAGCCCAAAUCACUGGCACUGAAUCUGAACUCGAUCAGUCACAGGAGGCUGAAUCAGCAAAGAAGACAACAAAUGAGGAGCUGGAUGAUUCUCAGCCCAGCGCUCAUGUCACCUGUCCUGUUAAGACCAUGACCAAAGCCCCAGGAACACCUGUCAGAAACACAACAGGUCUCAUUACUCCCACUUUUGGUGUCGUGAGCAACAGUACACCUUUGGGCCCCGCCUUGGACCGGCCCAUGCCCCGCCCACACCCAAAAGACGAAGCCUCAUUGGUCCAGAUGGCAGAACACAUCCCUGCUGGAACACGCACUCCUAUGUGCGCUCACUGCGACAUGGUUAUCAGGGGGCCGUUCCUGAUGGCGAUGGGGAAAUCAUGGCACCCGGAGGAGUUCACAUGCGCUCACUGCAGCGUGUCUCUGAGCGAGCUGGGUUUUGUGGAGGAACAGGGCUCUGUCUACUGCCAACACUGCUACGAAGAGUUCUUUGCUCCGACCUGUGCACGCUGCCAGUACAAAAUCCUGGGGGAAGUGAUCAAUGCGCUCAAGCAGACCUGGCAUGUGUAUUGCUUCCUGUGUGCAUCCUGCCAGCAACCGAUAAGAAACGAUACUUUUCACCUCGAGGAUGGAGAGCCAUACUGUGAGAGAGAUUACUACAGUCUGUUUGGGACGGGCUGCCGUGGCUGUGAUUUCCCAAUAGAAGCAGGAGACAAGUUUCUAGAGGCCCUGGGCGGCACCUGGCAUGACACCUGCUUCGUGUGCUCAGUUUGCAGCGUCAGUCUGGAGGGCCAGACCUUCUUCUCCAAAAAGAACAAACCGCUUUGCAAGAAACACGCUCACACUCUCAAAAUAUAAAUGCACUACAUAACUGUUGAAGUAUAAGCAAAAAAUGUAAAGAACACAUAUUUACAAGAAUAUAAAUGACACAUACUCAGAGUAAAAGCAGUUGUGAUGAGGCUUGAAAUGAAGAAUGAUCUGUUUGAAGGUGGUUGUGUGAGAGCUGGUGUUCUUGCAGAACUUACAGCACUUUUGAAACUGUUAUUUUUUCUUUAUCUUUUAUUUUUCUUUCCACCCUUUUAAUCUUUUUGCUUCACAGCAAUCUGUGCAUUAUUUAUAAAAUAAGGACCAAAACAAUUGGAAUGAGAAAAUACUUGAGAAUAAAUGCACAUUAAUUUAUCUGAUAUAAUGUGCAGCAGUGAUGAUGUAUUUUUUAAUACUCUGGUUCCCUCUUUCGUCAAAAAACAAAACAAAAACAAACAAAAAUAGGGUUGUUCUAUUGGCUUUUGGAUUAUUGCAGAAAAUAAGCUCUGUGACCAAAAUGAACAAAAAUUGUAUGAAUUUUGAAGCCUAAAUCCAAUCACCAGAAGCAAAAUCUAAACGUAGACACAACUACACCACAGUCACAUGACUUCAACAUCACCAUUUCCAACAACUCUUUCAGUCUUUAUUUUUAAAUUCUACAAGUUGGAAAGUUCGAGUGAGAAUAGUUUGAGCGUGAUUAUAAACACACACAGUGACUAGUGUGUAGAUGAGUUUACAGUCACCGUGAUUUUGCCAACUAAGACAUGUUUCUGAAAUAACAUUCCUGUCUGAAAAUGUAGUCCUAACCAUAUCCCUACCCCUAAACCUAACCCUACCCAUAAGUUAUCCCUAAAAUCAGAGGGAAAUGAUAGGUGAGUAACACUGAUGUAGAAGCUCCUAACCCUGGAUGAAAGCCUAAACUUGACAUAAACUGUAAAUUUGUCCCUCAAAUCUGACUGGUUGAUUGGAAUGUUGCAGGAUCAACAUUGUUGUACUUGGUGAAAUCAGGUUUGGAUGAUGACGUUUAAUGUCCCAGACAACCUCUGUAGUCCCAUUUAGCCACUUGUUAGCAACCACAUAUAAAAACUUAAAAAAAAAUCACAAGUAGGGAAUUACUUAUGUAUUUUAUUUCAUUGAAUAAAACAUGAAAAUAUCUUGAGCUUGUGUUCACCACAGACCUUAUUUGAGGCAUUUAACCAAAAACCCAUUCAAAAAACCCAUUGUCUUCAUGACGAUGGAACAGGAAAUACAAAAAUGCCAACUUGUUUCCGUGUUUUAGGACUCAUUCCUGCAGCUCUCUAUUGCCAACAUAUUAUCAAAAGUCUUACGUUGCCGCACACUUAUAUAGCGAACUUCACAAAAUAUGGCCAUGUCAUCUGAGAGGUUAGAUAAGUAUAUGUUUAGUAACAUAUAAUGAAAUAAUCUGCUGUUCUUAAAGGAAUAAUGCUGUCAGAAAUGUAAAUUCUGUUUCACAGAAGAAGGAACAUCAUAUGCAUUUGGAAAAGUGAAUUAAAGGGAAAUGUAUUUAUUGGAAGAGUGGGCAACUUUGCUUUCACUGUAUCACGUGAAAUGCUUGUUUUUAUGUUUUGUUUUUUUUUAUUUUGAUUUUGACAGUAAUAAUAAAAUAUUAGAUUUACAUUUUUAAUGAUUUCUGUUUUUGUAAAACUGUUAAAACAGUUUUUGUAUAAAAAACUGUUUUAUACAAGUUUUAAUAAAAAUCAAAUGUCAGCACUU